CUUUGCGCCGUCGCCGCCACCUCCACUAUGCCCAACUUCGCCGGCACCUGGAAGAUGCGCAGUAGCGAGAAUUUCGACGAGCUCCUCAAGGCGCUGGGUGUGAAUGCCAUGCUGAGGAAGGUGGCUGUGGCGGCUGCGUCCAAGCCGCACGUGGAGAUCCGCCAGGAUGGGGAUCAGUUCUAUAUCAAAACAUCCACCACCGUGCGCACCACGGAGAUCAACUUCAAGGUCGGAGAGGGCUUCGAGGAGGAGACAGUGGACGGACGCAAGUGCAGGAGUCUGCCCACUUGGGAGAAUGAGAACAAGAUUCACUGCACACAAACUCUUCUUGAGGGGGAUGGCCCCAAAACCUACUGGACCCGAGAGCUGGCCAAUGACGAGCUGAUCCUGACGUUUGGUGCCGAUGAUGUGGUAUGCACAAGAAUUUAUGUCCGGGAGUAAAGGUGGCCAGCUCGUUCCUGCUUUCAUGACAGGAUGCAAGUUCCCCUGAGGAGUAUGUCAUCGGCCUGUACAGCCAGUGGGUCUUUCCUCCUACAAACCCCUCCCCAUAAACAUUAGGCAACCCCAUUUUCCCUAUGAGAGUGCUGUAGUGCCCUCCCCUCAGGCCCCUGCUGCCUUUGUGCAUCCCUGGUUUGGCAUUUGCAUGAUUGUACCGGUCAUUAAACUGGUUGGACGCAU